AUGGUGGCCGCCGGCGGCGCAGCGGAUUCCGGUGGCGCGGAGUGGAGGGUGACGGUGACGACGGAGGUGCCGGAGGCGGCGGCGGCGGCAGUGGAGCACGACAUGAACGUGAAAGGCGCGGGGCGGGCGGCGUGGGUCUUGGCGUGGUUGGCCGCGCCGUGUAGAUGGGCGGCCGGGCUCGGGAGGACGGCGUGGAAGGUCGGCGCCGACGACCCGAGGAGGGUGGUGCACGGGUUCAAGGUGGCGCUGGCGCUCACCCUGUGCUCGGCCUUCUACUACGUCCGCCCGCUGUACGUCUUCACCGGCCAGACCGCCAUGUGGGCCGUCCUCACCGUCGUCGUCGUCUUCGAGUACACCGUCGGUGGUUGCUUGUACAAGGGGCUGAACAGGGCGGUGGCGACGGUGACCGGCGGCGCGCUCGCGCUCGGCGCGCACUGGCUGGCCGACAAGUGCGGCGACGACUUGGAGCCCUUCGUCCUCACCGCCUCACUGUUCGUCCUGGCCGCGGCGGCGUCGUUCUCCCGGUUCAUCCCGACGCUGAAGGCGCGGUUCGAUUACGGCGUCACCAUCUUCAUACUCACCUACAGCCUCGUCGCCGUGUCGGGGUACCGUGUCGACACGCUGGUGACCAUGGCGCACCAGCGGCUCACCACCAUCGCCAUCGGGGCGUUCAUCUGCUUCGCGGUCUGCACGCUCAUCUUCCCGGUCUGGGCGGGGCAGGAGCUGCACGUCCUCGUCGCGCGCAACAUGGACAAGCUCGCCGCCGCGGUGGAGGCCUGCGUUGACGACUACUUCUCCUCCGGCGAGCACCCCACCAAGCUGUCGGAGAAGGUGCGCAGGUACAUGGCCGUGCUGAAUGCGAAGGCGUCGGAGGACUCGCUGGCGAACCUGGCGAGGUGGGAGCCCGGCCACGGCAAGUUCGGCUUCCGACACCCGUACGGCCAGUACCAGAAGGUCGGCGCCGCCAUGCGCUGCUGCGCCUAUUGCGUCGACGCCCUCGCCGCCUGCGUCGGCGCGGCGGGCCAGGCUCCGCCGCACGUCAAGAACCACCUCGCGGCCGUCUGCACCGCCCUGAGCCAGCACUGCUCCGCCGUGCUCCGCGAGGCAUCGGGGUCCAUCACGACCAUGACGCGCUCCGGCCGCCUCGCCCUCGUCGUCGGGGACAUGAACACCGCCGCCCAGGACCUGAGGGACGAACUGAGGUGCCUCGCCGAGAUAUUGGACGAAGAAGAAGCCGCGCCAUCAGAGACAGAGCACGAGCACAACACCACCACGCCGCCGCCGCCGCUCGUCGAGGCGCUGCCUCUCUUCACCGCCGUGUCCCUCCUGCUGGAGAUAUGCGCGAGAGCGGAGGGGGUCGCCGCCGCCGUCGAUGUCCUGGCCACGACCGCGAGGUUCAAGAAAGCCGACGACGACGGCGAGCCAGCCACAGCAGCCGACACCGAAGGAGCCAUGCUCAUGCCCAUCGCCGCAGACGAAGCGCGCACCAUGGCCACAGCCACCGAGCAGGAUAAGAAGGAGACGGCGGCGGCGGCGACGAGCGGGCAGCAAGAGGCGCGGGACCAGGUGCGGCAGCUGGUGAAGCUGCUGAUGCGGAGGCGAAGCACCAAGAAGUGGGGGCGAGGCGAGCCCAAGGUGAGCCCGCGCCCGAGGCCGCCGCUGGACGUCCCGCCGGUCCACGCUCCCAGCCCAAGGAGCCUGUCCACGGAGCUCGCCGCCCACCCGCCGGUCCACGCGCCCAGCCCGAGGCACCGGUCCAUGGACUUCCCGAGCCAUGGGCCCGUGCUGCCGAGCCCGAGGAACCGGUCCAUGGACUUCACGGCCCACGCGCCGAGCCCGAGAAACCGGUCUAUACUCGGAAUGGCUUGA